AUGACAUCUGGUGGAGAAGAUAUUCUGAGUGCAAUAGUACCACUGCUAAAACUUCUCUCCCUUACCCUUAUUGGAUUAGUUCUUGCGCAUCGAAGAACCCAAAUUACCCCAAAAGACACAUUCAAGCUACUUAGCAAGCUUGUAUUUGCCCUUUUCUUACCCUGCCUGAUCUUUACCCAUCUGGGGAAAUCCAUUACACUCAAAAACAUCGCUGAGUGGUGGUUUAUUCCUAUUAAUGUGUUGGUUAGUACAGCCUUUGGUUGCAUCUUGGGGAUCUUGGUGGUGAUCAUAUGUCGGCCACCUCCUCAAUUUACUCGAUUCACUAUCAUCAUGACUGCAUUUGGUAAUACCGGUAAUCUUCCUAUUGCCAUCAUUGGCUCCGUUUGUCAUGGUGAAGAGAAUUUAUUCGGUCCUGAUUGCAAGCAGAAUGGGGUUGCUUAUUGGGUUUCCGUGAUUCUUGUCUAUACCCUUGUUUAUCACAUGAUGGAGCCUCCGCUGGAGUAUUAUGAGAUUGUUGGGGAGGAGGGCGAGAAACAUGAACAACAACAGUCUGAUGAAGCGAGUAAACCUUUGCUUGUAGAAGCUGAAUGGCCUGGCAUUGAAGAUGAAGAAAUCGAAAAUUCCAAGACACCCUUAAUAGCUAGGAUAUUUAAAGCCUCAUUUAUUGUUUCACAGACCGCUUUGCCUGAUAUCCAGCAAGAAGUCGAAGAUAGUGGGAACAGUCCCGUGCCUAUUAGGUGUUUGGCAACACCUAGAGUCGUCAGGAAGAUGCGAAUUGUUGCCGAACAGACUCCAAUCUGGAACAUACUACAGCCUCCAACGAUUGCUUCUCUUUUAGCGGAUAUUUUAGAAGUCUCUUUCCGUACGACAAUCUGA